CCCUUCUCUCUUCAACCCCAUACAUCUCUGUAAUCUAAUUUUUACUAUUCUUCUCAAGUCAACCUUCAUGCCGAUUUCUGUAUCCUUUAUGCCCAUAUCCCCAUCUUAAGUGUUUGCAUCAGGUCAAACAAUUAUGAUUUCAUCAUUCCUAUUCUUGUUUGUGCUUAUUCUAUGUAUGCAUAUAUUGUAUUCUGGACAUCUAGUGUUAAUGCUACCCUUUGGUUAUUGCAUUUAUGUCUGUAGGGGGAUGAUACAAGGUAAUAACAUCCCAUCUUCUACCUUCAUCAUCAACCUUUACAAGAUUGAUGGCCCUUAUUUCCUUAAAAGUUCAUUGAUUGAACAGUCAGACAAAGAGCCACCUUAAUCCUGGUGUGCCGAUCAUCAGGAUCUUUAAGACACCCAUGUGAUUUCAGGCUCAGGUUCGAGUCUUUAACCUAGAGAUGAAUAUACGAUAAUGUCCCCCUUUUGACUUAGAGACUAAUAAUGAACAAGUGAACUUCUUGUUAUGCAUGUGAGGAACGGCCGGAACCUAUUGUCGCUAUAUGAACUUUUAUAUGAUUGGACGCAAUAAGAACAGAUCAGUUUGGAGAGUAUUAAAGAUUGUAAGAUUAGAAGCUUUCGAGCUAAACAUUGUUGAAGAUUCUACAGUGUACACAGAAAUUGAAUGUUGUGACCUGCUAAAGCGUAUCCAUGAAGGAAAUAAGUCCACAGGGGGGCUUAAAUUUGUCACCGUAUGUUACGGCAUUGUUGGAUUCGUAAAGUUUUUGGGACCUCAUUACAUGCUGCUUAUUACGAAAAGAAGGAAGAUUGGUGUAAUUUGUGGUCAUGCAGUGUAUGCGAUUACUAAGAGCGCGAUCUUACCGAUUCCCAAUUCUACUAGUGCACACAGUGUGGCUUAUUCUAAGAAUGAGAACAGAUACAAGAAGCUCCUGUGCUCGGUGGAUCUUACAAAGGACUUCUUUUUCAGCUACUCCUACCAUGUCAUGCAUAGCUUUCAAAAGAACUUGUCUAGUCAUGGAUCAGGCCAGGGUGCUCAUGACACCAUGUUUGUCUGGAAUGAGUUUUUGACUACUGCAAUCCACAAUCAGCUGAAGAAUAACCUCUGGACGGUAGCACUAGUUUAUGGAUUCUUCAAACAGGUUAAACUUUUAAUAUCUGAAAAGGACUUCAAGUUGACUCUCAUUGCGAGACGGUCUCGCCAUUAUGCUGGAACCAGAUACUUGAAAAGAGGGGUGAAUGAGAAGGGUUGUGUUGCCAAUGAUGUUGAAACCGAACAGAUAGUGUUUGAAGAUGUUCCAGAAGGAUGUCCUGUGCAAAUAAGUUCUAUUGUUCAAAAUCGUGGUUCAAUACCCCUGUUCUGGUCGCAAGAAACUUCACGGUUGAAUAUGAAGCCUGAUAUCGUCUUGUCAAAGGAAGACCAUAAUUAUGAAGCCACCAGGCUUCACUUCCAGAAUCUUUUCAUGAGAUAUGGGAAUCCAAUUAUUAUAUUGAAUUUAGUUAAGACCAGAGAAAAGAAACCCAGGGAAUCCCUCCUCCGUGUGGAAUUUGCUAAUGCUAUUGAGUCGAUUAAUAAAGAUUUACCUGAGGAAAGCCGCUUGAAGUUUCUUCACUGGGAUCUAAACAAAUAUUCCAGAAAUAGAUCUACAAAUGUGUUGGCACUUUUGGGCAAAGUGGCUACUUAUGCGUUGAACCUAACGGGUUUCUUCUAUUGUCAAGUAAACCCAAUUUCAAAGUCUGAAGAGUUACUGGAGCGUUCUGAGGACGAAGGUGGUAAUCAUUGUUGUUCGCAGAAGCAUGGUACUGAGACCAGUGAUGCUGACGGCUUAAAUAACGUAGUUAGUCAUGAUAGCAGCAAUGCAAAUAGGAAAGUCAGGAUGAAGCCUCCUAAAUAUCAGACAGGGGUCCUGAGAACAAAUUGUAUAGAUUGUUUGGAUCGAACAAAUGUUGCCCAAUAUGCCUAUGGUUGGGCUGCACUUGGCCAUCAAUUGCAUGCUUUAGGAUAUAUAGAUUCCCCAGCUAUUGAGCUGGAUUCUCCUCUAGCAGAUGAUUUGAUGGGGGUUUAUGAGAAAAUGGGUGACACCCUAGCACUUCAGUAUGGUGGAUCUGCAGCUCACAAUAAGAUAUUUAGUCAGCGAAGAGGUCAAUGGAAAGCAGCAACUCAGUCCCAGGAAUUCUUUAGAACUCUACAGCGCUACUACAGUAAUGCAUACAUGGAUGCUGAAAAGCAGGAUGCUAUUAAUGUGUUCCUGGGUCAUUAUCAGCCACAACUUGGUAAACCUGCAUUAUGGGAAUUGGACUCUGACCAGCAUUACAAUGUUGGAAGCCGUGGUUCUAAUCUAUUUCAGGAAAACACAAGGCGGCCAUUUAAAAGGUCAUUGUCAGACGGUCUGUGUGAAGCCAGCUCGGUCAUUGAGCCUGAAAAAGCACAAGAUAGCAGAAAAGGCCUAUCAGAAUCAUCACCUGAAAUCUCAACUUGUGAAAGUGAUUCAUCUUAUCCAAGGUAUACAGCCUCUAUGUCUCGUCGACAGCUGCUCCUAGAUGGUCAUUCUGAAGAUUAUCCCAACAGUGAUCACAUAUUCUACAAUAAACGUUUGGAUUCUAUUAACUGUUCUAAUUUUCUUGAUGUGGAAUGGCUCUCUUCAUCUGGAAAUUCAUGUGAAGAUGAAGCAUAUGAAAGAUCUACACUGAUAGUUGGUGAUGAGUCAUCUGAGAAUGUGGUGGGGACAUGUGAUUCAGACUUAUCUCUGAACGUGAAGGGACAGGGACAGGAACAGGGAGAUGGGGGAGGUGAGGAAGGAGAAUACCCAGAUGGAUUUGUGAAAUGGGUGAUUCAUGGAGGAAUGUGGUUCCCUUAAGUUUUGGAAUUGAGAAAUAAAUUUGUUAACGGAAAGCCAUCGGCCAUUCGAUUCAUCCAUCCCGUCCAAAGGAUGUGGGUUGCUCCUCACAAAUAAAAUGCUAGCCUAGGACAAGAAAUUUAGAAGAAACAACAGAUUGCUAUAGUUGCUUGCUUGCUUUCUUGGUUGGUUGCUGUUUAAAAAACAAAA